UGGUAAAGAGGAUAAUACAGACACUGACCAGGAGAAGAAAGAAGAAAAGGGUAUUUCAGAAAGAGAAAACAAUGAGUUAGAAAUAGAAGAGAAUCAAGAUGUGAGUGAUCAUGAGGAGGAGGAAGAGGAAGAGGAGGAGGAAGAAAAUGACCUGGAAGGGGGUGAAAGCUCUGAUGAAUCGGAUUCUGAAUCAGACGAAAAAGCUGAUUAUCAAGCAGACUUAGCAAACAUUACCUGUGAAAUUGCAAUUAAACAAAAGCUGAUUGAUGAACUAGAAAAUAGCCAGAAAAGAUUGCAGACGCUGAAAAAACAAUAUGAGGAGAAGCUAAUGAUGCUGCAGCAUAAAAUUCGGGACACUCAACUUGAAAGAGACCAGGUGCUUCAAAACUUAGGUUCAGUGGAAUCUUAUUCAGAAGAAAAGGCAAAGAAAGUUAGGUCUGAAUAUGAAAAGAAACUCCAAGCUAUGAAUAAAGAACUGCAGAGACUUCAGGCAGCUCAAAAAGAGCAUGCAAGGUUGCUUAAAAAUCAGUCUCAGUAUGAAAAGCAAUUGAAGAAAUUGCAGCAGGAUGUGAUGGAAAUGAAAAAAACAAAGGUUCGCCUAAUGAAACAAAUGAAAGAAGAACAAGAGAAAGCCAGAAUGACGGAGUCUAGAAGGAACAGAGAGAUCGCUCAAUUGAAAAAGGACCAGCGCAAACGCGAUCAUCAACUCAGACUUCUGGAAGCCCAAAAAAGAAACCAAGAAGUGGUUCUUCGUCGCAAAACUGAAGAGGUUACAGCUCUUCGUCGGCAAGUAAGGCCCAUGUCAGAUAAAGUGGCCGGGAAAGUCACUCGGAAGCUGAGCUCGUCUGAUGUUCCUGUCCAGGACACAGGGUCCACUGCAGCUGCUGUUGAGCCAGGAGCCCAGCCAAAAAUGAGAAUUCCUGUGGCGAGAGUCCAGGCCUUGCCAGCCUCCACAACAAAUGGAACCAGAAAAAAAUAUCAGAGGAAAGUGUUGACUGGCCGAAUGUUUAUUUCCAAGACGGCUCGUAUGAAGUGGCAGCUCCUUGAACGCAGGGUCACAGACAUCAUCAUGCAGAAAAUGACUAUUUCCAACAUGGAAGCUGAUAUGAAUAGACUCCUCAAGCAACGGGAAGAACUCACAAAGAGACGAGAAAAACUUUCAAAAAGAAGGGAGAAGAUAGUCAAGGAGAAUGGUGAAGGAGAUAAAAAUGUGGUUAACAUCAAUGAGGAGAUAGAGUCACUAACUGCUAAUAUCGAUUACAUCAAUGACAGUAUUUCUGAUUGCCAAGCCAACAUCAUGCAGAUGGAAGAAGCAAAGGAAGAAGGUGAGACAUUGGAUGUCACCGCCGUCAUUAAUGCCUGCACCCUUACAGAGGCCCGGUACCUGCUAGAUCACUUCCUGUCAAUGGGCAUCAAUAAGGGUCUUCAAGCUGCCCAGAAAGAGGCUCAAAUUAAAGUACUUGAAGGUCGACUCAAACAAACUGAAAUAACCAGUGCUACACAAAACCAGCUCUUAUUCCAUAUGUUGAAGGAGAAAGCGGAAUUAAAUCCUGAACUAGAUGCUUUACUUGGCCAUGCUUUACAAGAAAAUGUAGAGGAUAGUUCUGAUGAGGAUGCACCGUUAAACAGCCCUGGAUCAGAAGGAAGCACACUGUCUUCAGACCUCAUGAAGCUUUGUGGUGAAGUGAAACCCAAGAACAAGGCCCGAAGGAGAACCACCACUCAAAUGGAAUUGCUGUAUGCAGAUAGCAGUGAACUAGCUUCAGACACUAGUACAGGAGAUGCCUCCUUGCCUGGCCCUCUUACACCUGUUGCAGAAGGGCAAGAGAUUGGAAUGAAUACAGAGACAAGUGGUACUUCUGCUAGGGAAAAAGAGCUCCCUCCCCCAUCUGGCUUACCUUCUAAGAUAGGCGGCAUUUCCAGACAGUCAUCUCUAUCAGAAAAAAAAAUACCGGAGCCUUCUCCUGUAACAAGGAGAAAGUCAUAUGAGAAAGAAAAAUCAAAGGCCAAGGAACAAAAACAGUCUGAUGAAAGUGACUCCUCUCUGUCGGAGGCACACAGCAGCAGAUCCUCCAGAAGGGGCAUAAUCAACCCAUUUCCUGCUUCAAAAGGAAUCAGAGCGUCUUCCCUACAGUGCGUUCACAUCGCUGAAGGGCACACGAAAGCUGUGCUCUGCCUGGAUUCUACUGACGAUCUCCUCUUCACUGGAUCAAAAGAUCGUACUUGUAAAGUGUGGAAUCUAGUGACUGGACAGGAGAUAAUGUCACUGGGGGGUCAUCCCAAUAACGUCGUAUCUGUAAAAUACUGCAACUAUACCAGUCUGGUCUUCACUGUAUCUACAUCUUAUAUUAAGGUGUGGGAUAUCAGAGAUUCAGCAAAGUGCAUUCGAACACUGACGUCUUCAGGUCAAGUUACUCUUGGAGAUGCUUGUUCUGCAAGUACCAGCCGGACGGUAGCUAUUCCUUCUGGAGAGAACCAGAUCAACCAAAUCGCCCUGAACCCAACUGGCACUUUCCUCUACGCAGCUUCUGGAAAUGCUGUCAGAAUGUGGGAUCUUAAAAGGUUUCAGUCUACUGGAAAGUUAACAGGACACCUAGGGCCUGUUAUGUGCCUUACUGUAGAUCAGAUUUCCAACGGACAAGAUCUAAUCAUCACUGGCUCCAAGGAUCAUUACAUCAAGAUGUUUGAUGUAACUGAAGGAGCUCUUGGAACUGUGAGCCCCACUCACAAUUUUGAACCUCCUCAUUAUGAUGGCAUAGAAGCAUUAACCAUUCAAGGAGAUACCCUAUUUAGUGGGUCCAGAGAUAAUGGAAUCAAGAAAUGGGACUUAGCUCAAAAAGAUCUUCUGCAGCAAGUUCCAAAUGCACAUAAGGAUUGGGUCUGUGCCCUGGGAGCGGUGCCAGGACACCCCGUUUUGCUCAGUGGCUGCCGAGGGGGCAUUUUGAAACUUUGGAACAUGGAUACUUUUGUGCCGGUUGGAGAGAUGAAGGGUCAUGACAGUCCUAUCAAUGCUAUCUGUGUUAAUUCCACCCACAUUUUUACUGCAGCUGAUGAUCGAACUGUGAGAAUUUGGAAGGCUCGCAAUUUGCAAGAUGGUCAAAUCUCUGACAUGGGAGAUCUGGGGGAAGAAAUUGCCAGUAAUUAAAUGUUAAUGAAGAUAAGUUAUAAACUGAAUACUGUGAUAAUACUUGAUAUGUGCUUUAUGGAAAAUGUUGUACUGCAUUUAUUAGGUAAAAACUUAUGAAUUGGAUUAACUGGAAAAUAUAUCUGAGUCCACCUGCUGAAUAUAAAUGGUGUUGUAAUAAAAUUGUGUGCUAUCUCAUGUGCUAACUUUAAUGUCUAUCAAUACAUAUAUAUCCUAUAAUCGAUAAAUUGCUUUAUUCGCACUUUUAUUGUGGCUGGAUUUUUGCACCUAAAUAUAAAACUUCAAAUUAUUUGAAUUAUAAGAUGUCUGCUUGUGUGACAGUCAGAAAAUACACCUGGACUACAAUGCAACCCACUGUUCAAUCAUUCAUAGAGUCUAUUCAAGUGAUUUAUAUAUUUAAACAUAUUGGGAAUGUUAGUUAAAUCGUGUUCUACUUGUCUGGUAUUUAUAUCAGUCUAUAGUGAGUUCCCAAGUCUCAAAACUGUUUUAAUAUAAUGGCAAGAAAAGAAGAUAUGAAAAUAUUGUUGCUGAGUUUUCAUAAAGUGGAAUUGACCUUAAUCUACUAACAGAAAAGGUUAAACAGUCCGUGUUAAAUGUUGGCGUUCACGUGUAUUGACCAAAGUUUUGCAGCUGUGCUAUUUCCUAUGCUCAGGACUAAAACGUUGUUAAAUUGUUCUUUUAUUAGUGCUGUGCAUAAAUUCUGUGAUGGCAAACACUGUCCAUGUCCUAACAGAAAUAUAUUUCGAUCUAUUUUCCUAUGGAGUUGUUUCUAUUAUCACCAUUUAAUUUCAUUUUUAUUUAAUAGUAGUAUUUCCUUCCAUUUUAUCUAAUUUUUUUAUAUGCUGCUAAAUAUAUUUUAAAUACACUAUGUUUGCAAAUCUAGGUAGCUAGGAUGAGAACUAUUAUCAUCUGUGGUGGGAAAAGUUGUGUAAAUAGGUAGAUUGUAUAGAGAGACUUAUCUUGUAUUGUGCCUGUAUGAAUUUUUAAAUGCUGUAGAUUGAAUUUUGCAAAAAGGAUGUAUGAUAUUUCUGUCUGCUCAGAAUAUUAAUUUGUAAAUUCUGCAAAUUUAAUGUUGUAGAUGGUAUAACAUUUGAAAUUAUUGUCUUAUGUGAUGAUGUUCCCCUGAAAAUAUUUGCUUGUAAAUGAACGCUUAGCUAGGGCUUAAAUAAACAUGUUGGUAUGAA